AUGAUUGUCCAUAUUGAAGCUUGUUAAAGAGGCUUUAAUAAGGUAUUAAAUUUAGAAAGAAAAUAUUAAUAAAUUCAGUUUCUUCUAUUAAAUUGCCAUUAUAUUAUUUUAAGACAAUGUGAUAGUUUAUUAAAAUUGGCAUAAUUAUUAUAAAGAUUUCGUANUAGUGCUAGUUGGUUUAAUUUUUGUACUUAUAGAGUUAAUAAAAGAAGAUGAAGGUUAUUAUGAAUGCUAUUGUAAAAUAUAACUAACUAAUUCUAGUUAAAUAUAGUAAGAUUUCAAGAAUUGUGGGAGGAUGCGUUACAGCAAUUAUAGUUAUAUUUAGUGAGAAGUUAUAAAAAAAAAUGGAUGAUCAAGUUUAACCACUUUACAAAGAUCUUCCACUCUUAUAAAUGAAGGCCUUUCAAAAUAAUGAAACAUAAAGGGAAGAUUUAAGAAUACUUAUUGUUAUGUACGUUGCUUCCUAAUUUCUAACCAUAUUCUAAAUGAUUUACUUUUUUGUCAAAGAAUACAUAAAUGCUGAAUUGCAAUUUACAAAUUGUACUCCUUGCCAAAUGAUUCCUUGUCUCAAAAUGUCACCUAAUAAUACAAUUGCAUUUGAACUCUUAUUGAAAUUAUUUUUUUUAAUAAUCAUCAUUUUCCUGCCUUAUCUGGCAUUAAUCUCCUUUUUUUGGGUUAAUUCAAAUAAAUUGCAUAUUAAUCAGGUAUUUAAUUCAUAAACUAAUUAUUUAGCAUCGAACUAUCUCGAAUGAAGAAGAUAUUUGGAUAAAUCUUUUUAAGAAAAUGGGAUAUGAAAAAUCCAAGAUGUAUUUAUCAGAUAUCUCAGAAUAAUAAGAAAAAACUUCAUCAUUAGAUGAUUCUAAUUGA